UUGUCCACUUCGGUGGCUGAAUGCCUUAAAUGCCGUCAGACGCUCAAUGCAGGUUGAUAUGCAGGUUCUCAAGGCUAUUAGUGAAAGGAGGUCAACGAGUACCUUUUGAAUGAGAUGAUCCGCCGGAUUACCACCCCCAAAUCUGUAGAGGAUUGUGACAUUGAGGGUGUUGUGAUCAAGCGUUGGUGUGCAAAGCAUCUGAGUUUUGGCGGAGGCUUUAGGGAGCCAGGUUGCAGUUCGUCUUCUGUAGUUGUUCGUAGUGGUGUGUUUCAAUUGGAACUGAGUUGAAUGUAGAAUUGAGUUUCGUUGGAGGAAAGCGUCAGCGAUUCCGGGCUGAGUGUUUCGGUUCCGAAGAGUGGGUUGCGAUUUCAAUCGCGCACGAGAGGGUAGCGCCGCGUUGUAGUGUUCAAUUGGAAGCCAGUAGUGUGAAAUUGCGUAAGCAGGCCGCAUUGGAGUGGAGGAAGGUUGAAGGGAAAUUUCCGUUUCUAUUUCCAUUCCAAGGAGAUAUACUAGGUCCACUGCACGGGGGAACAAAACCUUUUCCAAUUUGCGAAGAGGUGAAGACUGUUCGGUUCUUUUUCCGGCGAAAGAUAAAAUCUUGAUCAGAGUGUUGUUCAAGAUCAAAUCCGUAAGAGAAAAAGCUUCAUUACAGUCGUUGAAAUGCAAUCUAGAUUCCUUAAUUAGGACACUUUCGCAAUCCGGCGAAGGUCGAAAUUUUUGAGUCAAGGUUUAUUAUGAUCCAAGUUUGCAGACUGCCAAUGUCAGACCAGCCCGAAUUUAGCAAUCUUCCGGAGAUCCACAUACCUCCGGACCCAAUCCCUACGUCUGUAAACUCUACCCGCCGGGGCAUUCCCAACCCAGUCUCCGAGGUGUCGAUGAUUGUCUACGCGCUAACGCAAGCUGCAGGACGUGAAGCAUCGAGGGUGCCGGAUCAUGGCUAUGGCACACCGUGGGCGGACACCUCCCGAAUGGUCUCAAUUACACGAGGCUCCUACUCUGAGUACGUGGAUGUCAAUCGUGCAUCUGCAACUUUAUGGACGCCGAUCACAGAAAACUGGAGCGAGCAGUUGCAGCGCAGCGACAGCCCGUGCCACUUCCAGGACACCUUCCCCGAGCCUGGCCAUUCGGGCGAAUUCGGCUCGCAACAGCCGCAUCAGCACGACACCCCCUCGCCUGAUCCCCACGACUCGCAAAUGCACGAGAGCACUUUUAAACAGGACAAGGGAAUGCAGUCUGCGAGAAUGAUACCCGAGGAGACACACUCUCCCGAGCCAGCCAAGAAGCGCAAGUACCGAGGCGUGAGGCAGCGACCGUGGGGGAAAUGGGCCGCAGAAAUUCGUGACCCGAAGAAGGCCGCGCGCGUGUGGCUCGGGACGUAUGACACCGCGGAGGAGGCCGCGCAAGCAUACGACAAGGCGGCCAAGGAGUUUCGGGGAUUGCGAGCGAGGCUGAAUUUCCCCGACGGAGUGCACAUGGGCAUCGGAUCGUCUUCUCGAACUAGCCCUCCGUCGAGAGUCGCCCGCGGAUCGUCCAGCGGGAGUCUGCCCGCUUCGUCUUCCGCAGCUCCUACCUCUCUAAGCCCUAAAUCCCUCAUCGUCGAAUCGCACCGCUACCAUGAAAAUCAUUCCGUGUCAGAGGAUUCAAGCUGGAAUCCUCCAAGUCGCGCUUCGUCAAGCACAGAUCACUCUCCGGUGAACUCAGCUCGUUCGAAGUUUGCUCCAGCGCAGUAUUCUUUUGGACAAUCGUACUUGCAAUCAGGCUCUAAUUAUCAAUCCACUGACAACGAUCCAUCGCCUCCUACGCAACACUCGGAUGCAUGGGAGGAGAUGCUGAGGUACCCCAGUCAUCAAGACAUCAUGUACUACGAUUCAGCGCCACACUACCGUUACUCUCCUUACGGAUCCCAGCCAUCAUUCUCAAGCCCAGCGGACGCUUUCUCCACUUCGGGAUCUAGCAUUCCGACAUCAACGUCGAGUUACAUGGUUUCACGACAGCAGGAAGUAGCCGAUUCUCUCACCAGGGAGGCCCUAUCUCUGCCGUUUGGAUCAGAUCAGUAUUCUUAUUUCCAGAACUCUAAAAAUUCAAGCGCACCCGUGCUCUCAUACGACCAGAUUUUCGAGCAGGAGCCACGCACUUGGCCGUCAUCUAGUGCAGAGAAUCUUCCUCCGAGUUACGACUUUCCGUUUUAUCGCAGGAACUAGAAUAUUCAUAAAAUGUGUAUUAUUAGGCUUUGUGGAUGUUCAUCCCCGAGAGAACAUUUCGGCCGUAUGAUGUUUCAUCUCAUUUAUUCAAUUUAUCAUCGGGAUGUUAAAGUUGACAGGUUUUAGGAGUUUAGUCGCACACAUUCUUCUCGGAAUAACUGACAGAGUCAGGUAGUUUAACUUUUUCCCAGUCAAACAUUGGACUGCCUCUCAAAGGCAAAUCUAAUUUUAUGAGAAAAGAAAUACGUUACUGUGACUUGUAACGGUCUUGCGGAUUCUAUCUAAAAAACAUUCUGUGGGUUCAACA